CCAUCCCAACUCCAUAUUUUUCUUCAUUAUUAUUACUCUCACACUCUUCAAAUCUUGGAUUUCAGCUACCUGUAUCAUCGUUUUUAAUUCUCCAUCAUUUGAAAAUGAUGCAUAUAUGCAGCACCGGGUGCCCUUGUGGUAUGUACAAUAACCAAUAUUAUCAGGGCGACGACUACUCAUCCGCCGCCGGCUACUCAUCCAUGUACUCAUUCUCCUCCGUACCGCCGCCGCCCGCGAAUGAUCACCACCAGCAGUACUACUAUGAAGAAGAAUCUGCGGCGGCCGAUUAUGGCGACCACAAUACUUCCAUGUACUCUGUGGAUUGUACCCUGUCGCUGGGAACGCCUUCCACCCGUCUCUGCGGCGGCAAUAACAGUGAGAGGGCGCCGCCCACAGAAUCCCGCCGCAAAUCCUCCGGCCGCGGCUCCUCUUCCUCUGACCGCCGCUGCGCUAACUGCGACACCACUUCCACUCCCCUCUGGAGAAAUGGGCCCAGAGGCCCUAAGUCGCUAUGCAAUGCUUGCGGAAUUCGGUAUAAGAAAGAGGAGAGGAGAGCGAGCGCUGCGGCGGCGGCAGCGUCAGCAAACAACGGCGGAGGCGGAAGCCGGGGAAUGGAUGAGAUGAUGCAGCAGAGCUCAUCAUCAUGGGGGCACCACUCGGAAAUGGCGCCGGCGGCGGCGUACAGCAGCUACUCGUCAUCAGCAGCCGCAUAUGGCAGCGGCGACAUGGGUUACAUGGACGAUGAGGACCGUGAUUCGGCGUUCCUUUCGUGGCGUCUCAACGUCCACUGCUCGUAAUAAUAUAUAAAUGAAUGCUGCAUGCAUGCAUGCAUGGAUAUGGAAUGGAAGCUUCAAUUCUUUGCUAGCUGCAACCACCCGCUUAAUCCCAUCAUUGGUUCUGGCUAGCUUGACAGUAAUUACAGUACGUAAUUCGAUCAUUAAAGAAGAAGAAGAAGAAUCGAAAAUGCAUGGGAACUAAUUAUGAAUAUUUAAUUUGUUGUUACGUUGUAGGUAGGGAAUUAAGGAUCAGUAAUUAUAUUUACCAAGUAUAGUAGCUAGCCAGCGGAGUUUAUUGAAAUUCUUUUUUAUCCCUUCAACCUUUUUGUGUACUGUUUAUUAGUUUUGUGAUUUCGGACCGGGGAAUGAUGAGGCCACGCAAGGCUUAUAUAUGUUGUUUUUUGGCGCUUAGUCAUAUAUCCAUGGACUGGAGUAGACUGCUUUUUCUUUCUUUAUAUUUUAGUCGGUCUAAUCUGAGAGUCAAGAUGAU